AUGCCUCGGCCCGGCCGCAACACGUAUAGCGACCAAAAGCCGCCCUACUCGUACAUCUCGCUGACCGCCAUGGCCAUCCAGAGCUCGCCGGAGAAGAUGCUGCCGUUGAGCGAGAUCUACAAGUUCAUCAUGGACCGCUUCCCCUACUACCGGGAGAACACGCAGCGCUGGCAAAACAGCCUGCGCCACAACCUCUCUUUCAACGACUGCUUCAUCAAGAUCCCGCGGCGGCCAGACCAGCCAGGCAAGGGUAGCUUCUGGGCCCUGCACCCCAGCUGCGGGGAUAUGUUCGAGAACGGCAGCUUCCUGCGGCGCCGCAAGCGCUUCAAGGUGCUCAAGUCCGACCACCUGGCGCCCAGCAAACCAGCCGACGCCGCGCAGUAUCUGCAGCAGCAGGCCAAGCUGCGCCUCAGCGCGCUUGCGGCCUCCGGCACGCACCUGCCACAGAUGCCCGCCGCCGCCUACAACCUGGGCGGCGUGGCGCAGCCCUCGGGCUUCAAGCACCCCUUCGCCAUCGAGAAUAUCAUCGCUCGCGAGUACAAGAUGCCUGGGGGGCUGGCCUUCUCCGCCAUGCAGCCAGUGCCCGCCGCCUACCCGCUCCCCAACCAGUUGACUACCAUGAGCAGCUCGCUGGGCACUGGCUGGCCACACGUGUACGGUUCCGCAGGCAUGAUCGAGUCAGCCACCCCUAUCUCCAUGGCUAGUGGCGAUUACAGCGCCUACGGCGUACCACUGAAGCCACUGUGCCACGCAGCAGGCCAGACGCUGCCCGCAAUCCCGGUACCCAUCAAGCCCACACCGGCCGCAGUGCCCGCGCUGCCCGCGUUGCCCGCGCCCAUCCCCACCUUGCUCUCGAACUCUCCGCCCUCGCUCAGCCCCACGUCCUCGCAAACAGCCACCAGCCAAAGCAGCCCCGCCACUCCCAGUGAAACGCUCACCAGCCCGGCCUCCGCCUUGCACUCGGUGGCGGUGCACUGA